GUCAAAAUUGUCUUUGGUUGGUUAUUUGACGGCGAUCGUGAUCAUCCCUAAAAUAUUUUAUAAAACGCCGAAAUAUGGCGAAAAGGUUUACUCAGAGCUCGAUUAACUGGUCUGCCCUGGCCGAGAGGGUCCCGGCCGAGCAGAGAGUUAACCUGACUGGUUUCAAAGCCAAGUCUGAUGGUUACCUCCGAAGGGUGUUGGCUAACCCCCCUGAGGCGCCGAAGAUCGACUGGGCUCUGUACAAGAAGACCGUGCCCAUUCCUGGUAUGGUGGAUACCUUCCAAAAGCAGUAUGAAGCUCUGAAGAUUCCCUACCCCGCAGACACCCAGUCCGCUAAGGUCGACGCUCAAUGGGCUGAAGUUAAGAAGGCCAUUGAUGCCUUUAUUGCUGUUUCUAAUGCUAACAUUGCCAAGUACGAAAAGGAAAUCGCCGAGACCAAGGCCCUCCUGCCAUACGACCAGAUGACAAUGGAAGACUUCCGUGAUGCCUAUCCCAAUGAGGCUCUGGACCCGAUCAACAGACCGUCCUACUGGCCCCACAGCCCUGAGGAAGCACUUGACUACGUUGACCCAGAGAAGCAAGCUCAUGCCGCUCAUCACUAAGCUAAUACAAAGCUAUGGAUAUGGACUCAUCUUGGAAAUUCCAUUCACUAGCAGUGGCCAGCUAGCUAUGAUCAAUUUGUUCAGUUGAAGUCAUAUGCAUUAAGAUCAAUGUAAUUUAUCUUGUAGGAAUAAAAUAAAUGAUUGUUAAUCACGAAA